AUGCUCUCGAGAAGACUUGUCGCGACUGCGCGCUCCGUGCCGCUGCGCCGGUACCAGCCGCGCUCGCUGCCGCUGCAGCUUCCCCAGAUGAUGCAGCACGUCCGCAGCUAUGCCGACAAAAUCGUCCAAGUGCCGCAGAUGGCCGAGUCCAUUUCCGAAGGUACUCUGAAGCAGUGGUCGAAGCAGAUCGGCGACUUUGUAGAGCAGGAUGAGGAGAUUGCCACCAUCGAGACUGACAAGAUCGAUGUUGCUGUUAACGCUCCCGAGGCCGGUACGAUCAAGGAAUUCUUGGUCAACGAGGAGGACACCGUCACUGUCGGCCAGGAUAUUGUCAAGAUGGAGCUUGGAGGCGAGAAGUCCAGCUCAAGCGAAUCCAAGCCAGCCCCAGAGAAGAAGUCGGAGCCCGAAUCCAAGCCAGAGUCCAAGUCAGAAUCGAAGCCGGAACCCAAGAAGGAGGCGCCCAAGGAUGAUGCGCCCGCCAGCAAGCCAGCUGCUCCGGCAAAGGAGACGUCAAAACCUGCCCCCGCUCCCGAGAAGGAGUCGGCAACCAGCGCUGCUCCGGCGUUCGGCAGCCGUGAAGAGCGUCGCGUGAAAAUGAACCGCAUGCGCCUCCGAAUCGCCGAAAGACUCAAGCAGUCGCAGAACACAGCGGCCUCGCUUACCACCUUCAACGAGGUUGACAUGUCCUCCCUUAUUGAGUUCCGCAAGCUCUACCGCGAUGACGUCCUCAAGAAGACUGGUGUCAAGCUUGGGUUCAUGAGCGCCUUCUCUCGCGCUUGUGUCCUGGCCAUGCGCGAUAUCCCGGCCGUCAACGCCUCCAUCGAGGGCCCCAACGGCGGCGACACGAUUGUGUACCGCGACUACGUCGACAUCAGCGUUGCGGUUGCUACUGAGAAGGGUCUCGUCACCCCUGUCGUGCGCAACACUGAGUCGCUGGACAUGCUCGGCAUCGAGAAGGCCAUUGCCGACAUGGGCAAGAAGGCCCGCGACAACAAGCUGACGAUCGAGGAUAUGGCUGGCGGUACCUUCACCAUCAGCAACGGCGGUGUCUUUGGCUCUCUGAUGGGCACUCCCAUUAUCAACCUUCCCCAGACUGCCGUUCUCGGACUCCACGCAGUCAAGGAUCGCGCAGUGGCCAUCAACGGCAAGAUCGAGAUCCGCCCCAUGAUGUACUUGGCGCUUACCUACGAUCACCGCCUUCUCGACGGAAGAGAAGCCGUUCAGUUCUUGGUCAAGGUCAAGGAGUACAUUGAGGACCCCAGACGUAUGCUUCUGUAA